AUGAACUAUAUCGAUGUGUGCAAAAAGUACCGUCUUAGAAAGACCGAUCUAUGUGAAGGCUAUUUCAUAUCGCCAUGGAGGAAUGACACAAAGGGUGAAAAAAACUGCACUGAGCAUAGAACGACGAAUCGUCAAGGGGGUGCAAGCAGAAGUGGGUUAGUUUCCAAACAAAAAGGAUUAGAUGGACAGAAAAAAAAAAACUCCUUUCCCCCAGUCGGCACACUACUCAAUAGUUCUAUGCUGGACAAAGGAAUUGAAAUAAUUUGGAAUUCUUUAAACAGGGAUGAAGACAAUUCUGUAGAUUUGUUUAACAUCGAUUCUUAUUCAUUUUUCACAGAAAAGGGAAAAGAAAAAUUUCAAAAAGUUAUUUUACCCUACCUUUUAUACAAUGCGCGGAAGUUGGAUGGACUAAAAAAUAUUUUAUUUGAAGAUGAGGAUAUUCCAAGUGGUGAGAUCCAUUGUAAGAAUGUGUGCCAGGUGAAGAGAGUAGCUAACGAGAAUGACUUGUGUUUGCUGGAAAAAUUGGAAGGGAGAAGUAAGCUCGAGAUGAAGAGAGACGCUCCCGAAAUGUUAGUUAUAUCGAGAAAGGCCUUUUUUAAGAUAAUACAAAGGGCAUGUUUUGCUAACGAUGGACUAGAACAUAAGGAUGAUGUGCUACUCAGGACGGUCCUACAAAUGUGGAAAUGUAAAGAGGCAUACUUUUCCAAUAAUGGCAAGAAUGCUCUUCUGGGGGGGGACACUUCAGAGGGGUAUUUUACUCUUUCUGAUUGGAAGAAGUGGAGCAAGGCGAGGUGCAAAACGGAAGAAUCUCCCCUUUUGAAGGAAGACUACCAUGUGAUGGAAGAGGAAAAUAUGCUCAAUGAUGUCAUCCACGAGAGCAUAAUGCUGUUGUCGAAAAAUUGUGGACUGAGACGUAGCACAGAGGAGGACCCACAAAAAGGACACCUACCAAAAGGCACACAUAAGAGAAAAAAAUUCACUCAAAGGGGGUGUUCCACAAGGGAAAGGAAAUGCGUAGACCCGAUGAGAAUAUUGAAAGCGUUCCUAAAAAAGGACGCCAGCGGGGUACAGCAGAACCAUGCGUUAAGCGAACUGCGUGAAUGCACGUUUCAGCCGAAUAUUCGUAAAUUUGUGGAAGCCCAAGUGGAAUGCGUGGCACGCGAAACAAUGGAGAGGCACAUCAAAGCGGGUAUCGAAACAGAUGUUGAUGGAGAGGCCGAGCGAGAGGAUCUGUUCGAACGGGCUGGUGGUCACAUAACAAGCGAUUUGCACAAACGGCUGUUGGAAGAGUCCUCAAUCGAGCAUGCGCAUCGAAGGAUGGAAGACGAGCGCGUCGCCAAGUAUCUGGAAAUGUGCUGUCUGUCCUACGGGGUUGAUAUGGACAAAGAGUCGAAACAGAGUACAUAUAAGCGGCAAGAUACCACGCGACAACCAACGCACAGGGAGAGCAGGAAGAUAUGGCGCAGCAGGACCCCAAAGAUGAGUAGUUACACAUUCGAAGCAAGAAUGCUGGGUGCGCAAAGAAAUGCUGAUGUUAGAACUCCUAAUGGGAAAAGUGCCUGGGUUGAUGGACUCCGCGGAGGUUACAUAAGUAAUUAUUUUAACUUCUCAGUUGUGGACAAAAAUGGUACACUGUGCGGGUUAGCCGCUUGCAAAACUGAUUACAGUAAGGACAUACGAUUGCACGGCAGAAGGCUAAAAACGAAAGUUGUACCUAAUAUGGGCUUAUCGAAUGACAUACUUCAUUCACCCUUUUCAAACGCAAAUUGCCUUGUCGAGGCGGGGGAUUCUCCCGGAGCGUCACAUUCUCCAAGUGGUAAUACCAGGAAUAACACUGACGGCGAUAGGAACAUCAACAGUGGUAGAAGAAAAAAAGCACUACCCUUGGCUACGCAACCAUUUCUAGCGCUUCCCCACAGUGGACUGAUAAGUGCAAAAUGGGAAUGUAAAAAAAAUGUGAGAGCUGAGGUGAGAGACCAGCUGGGCGGAAACAUAAACGGAGGGUGUUCUUCAUUUGGGCCAAAUGACCCUCCAAAGGUCAUUGCGGUGAAGUGGGAAAGGCCACUUGACGAUAUAGAGACGGAGCUGUUGUGCUUGCCCCAGUCGGUCCGCAUCCCACAGGUUUGUUAA